AUGUCCACCGAAGUGAUCCGCGAAACCAAAGUCCUCUUGACCCCUAACAAUUACGCCCUCUGGCUAUUACCAAUGGAGGCACGACUCUUCAGAUUAAAACUUCUCGACAUCCUUGAAGGUCAAGUAGAACCCGAUGAAAAAGAAAAAGAAAACUGGACUAAACGGAACAACGAUGCUUAUGCUGAAAUCAUCGCGUACAUCGGCCAGGAAGUACUCGGAUUUGUUAGUUCCGCUCUGCCUGCUACACCUCGCUUCAAUGGUCGAGGUCUAUGGAAACUCUUGAAAUCGCAAUACGCUGGCGAUGACCUUACCUCGCAAACCACUGGACUUGACCAAUUCCUCCAUCUCAGUUUCUCCUCUAUCGCUACCUUCAUCCCUGCCGUUCGAUCGGCAAAUCAGAAGAUAUCUAUGUCGGGCCUUGUCCUGGACGAUCGAGUCCGAACCAUCCUCAUGCUCAAGAAGCUACCCUCAGACUAUCGCUCCUUUCGCGAUAUCGUUUCGAUGAAUUAUGGUUCCGAAUCGUUUGAAUCGGUCAUUAAAAAGCUCGAAAGCUAUGUCGCUCAAAACGACCUCGACAAGAAACCAUCAUCUACCUCUUUGACGUCGCCACAAUCACUCCUCACUCGAUCAAACGAUCAAGCCUCGGCCAGCUCAACAGUCUGCGAUCACUGCAAGAAACCUGGUCAUCGGGUCAACAACUGCUGGGUUAAGUAUCCAGAGAAAGCCCCCAAAUCCCAUUCAGCUCACCUUACCGUUCAAGACAACUUCAAUCAGCUCAGCGAUCCGACUGAUUUCUCCCUCUUCAGAACAGCCGAUGGUGUCCUUCAUCACAUCGAUGAAGUGAAGUAUGAAGGUGUCCGAUACUUCUAA